AUGGAGACCUUGAUGAUCAAAGCUGAUGUAGAAGAGCCCUUAGACGCCACCAUGGCCAGAUUUCUUACCGGGCUCAACCGUGAUAUUCAAGACCGUAUGGAGCUGGAAGAUUAUGACAGCAUGGAGCAGAUGCUACACAAGGCCAUACUGAUUGAACAACAAGCCAAAAGAAAAGGUCUUUCUAAACCAGCCUUUGCUCCCAAAUCAUCCUUUGCUCCCAAAGCAAACUAUCAAGACAAAGGUAAGUCUUCUUCCUCAACAAAUACUGCUUUUAAGACUAAUGCCUCUGCUCAUGUUGAUAGAGAAAAGAAAGAGGAGGCUCCAAAACGAACCAGAGACAUUCAGUGUUUCAGAUGUCAUGGCCUUGGCCACUAUGCCAACCGAUGCCCAAACCAAAAGGUGAUGGUUCUUUUGGAGAAUGGUGAAGUAGAAUCCGAGGAAGACAAGGAGGAUCUUGGACCAGUGUAUGAUGAUGAUGAGGAAGAGGCGCUUGACUUCCCAGCUCAUGGUCCCCUUCUUGUUACUAGAAAGACUUUGGACGAUGCCUUUGAUCCCAUCUUCGAUGAGGAGGCCGAUGGAGUGAUCGAUGAGUUCUGCUCGAACUUUGUGGAGGGUUCUGAUCCGAUCUAUGAUGAGGACGACCUUGAUGAUCCCAGCCACGGUCCAAUACUUGUUACUAGACGUAGUUGCACUAAUGUGGCUAGUGACACCCUUGUAAAGAAACUUGGGCUUGUUACUCGGCCUCUUGCUCGUCCUUUCAGGUUGGAGUGGCUCAAUGAGGCUGGAGAGCAAUAUGUGAAGGAGCAAGUCACCGUCCCACUUUCUAUUGGGCGAUAUGAGGAUGAGGUCGUGUGCAAUGUGCUUCCCAUGGAUGCAUGUCAUGUUCUUUUGGGCCGGCCUUGGCAGUUUGAUAAAAAGGCUGUGCAUGAUGGUUUCACAAACCGGCACUCUUUUGAUCAUAAGGGAAAGAAGAUCAACCUUGGUGCCUUUGUCGCCCUCGGAGGUCCAUCAAGACCAGGCUUCAACUCAAGAAGGGGCGUGACCAAGAGUCUAAGGCAGAUAAACCCGAGUCUAGUACCAGAAACUCCAACUUCUUUGUCAAGGAAAGUCAGCAAGAACCUAGAUGAUCAUAAGAAGCAUGUGAAAUCUGUUCUUGAAGUUCUUAGGAAAGAAAAGCUGUUUGCAAAUCUUAGUAAAUGCUCUUUUGGAACAGAUCACGUGGUGUUCUUAGGUUUUGUUGUAGGUGCUGAUGGACUCAGAGUGGACGAGGAGAAGGUCAAAGCCAUCCGAGAAUGGCCCAUUCCGACCACAGUGAGCGAGGUAAGGAGCUUCCACGGCCUUGCCGGGUUCUACCCGAAGGAUAGGAAACCCAUUGCUUACUUCAGUGAGAAGCUUAGUGGAGCCACUCUCAACUACCCCACUUACGACCAGGAGCUGUAUGCUUUGGGCCAGCAGAAGCUAAACAAGAGGCAUGCCCGUUGGGUUGAGUUUAUUGAGACAUUUCCUUAUGUGAUCAAGUACAAGCAAGGUAAGGAAAAUGUUGUGGCUGAUGCUCUGUCCCGAAGGGAAUCUCAUGGAGGAGGUCUUAUGGGACAUUUCGGAAUCAAGAAGACAUACAAGGUGGUGUAUGAGCACUUCUAUUGGCCGAGUCUGAUGAAGGACGUGGAGAGGAUAUGCAACCGAUGCGUGGAUUGCAAGAAGGCCAAGUCCAAAGUGCAAAACCAAGGUUUAUUCGGCCCUACCCAUUCCAUCUCAUCCUUGGGUUGA